AUGUCCAACUGUCCUCCCAACAGCUGUGAUACCAUGAGGAAGGGAACGAAGCAAGAUGUCCUUGCGAACGCGAUCGCUGUGCUGCGGGAGACCAUCCGCAAAACCGACCCCAAUGAUAGCGACACGCGCAUACAGGCUGAAAUUUCCCUGAUGAAAGGCCUCCUAGUCCGUUUCGCUUGCCAUCAACGGGUGCCCGACCUGGACGAAGCCAUGAUGCUCUUCUUGCGCAUCGAAAAGGAAAUCUCAUUCGUCCACGAGCUAUGGAUGGUAAGCUCUGAAGAGGAGCAAUGCCCUGACAUGGUCAGGUUUGCUCUCAGCCUUGUUGACGAAUAUCGACAAUCAAUCGACAAGCCCAACCUCGACACCGCGAUCGCUGUUGCCAAUGAAGCUCUUGCUUCAUAUCAUGGCGUGACCAACAAUCGAGUGCGGCUGUCGCUCCGUGUUGGAAACGCAUUAGUGUUACGGUACCUGUCCUGCGGCGACGAGGAUGACUUGUCAUCGGCUAGGGCUUCUUUGGGGGAUGCUAAACAGGCCUUGAGGGCAGGUGAUGCCGAACUCCAUGUUGCCCGUGCUGACCUGCGACAUCUCGGGUUGGUCACGUUCAUGGAAUGUGGACUAUUGGAAGGGUUGGAUGGGCUCCGGGAAGCGGUUAGGUGUCACGGGAAAGCACUGGCUGAAGAUCGGGAAGCACGAGAGGCGUGCAGGCGGGGAACGGAGCUCAUGGAAGGCGACAUAACCGCGAUCGAAGAAUCCAUUUCGCAAUUCAGCCUCUCGCUUUCCCUCCGACCUCCUCAUCAUCCAAGGCGAGGCGACACACUUGCGCAUUAUGCCAUUGCAUUGUACAAACGAUUCUGUUGCACCGGUCGGCUUAAAGAUUUGGAUCAGUGCAUUGCCACGCACGAGGAAGCACUUGCUUUCUUUCCUCUCGACGAUCCCCACCGCCCCUACUAUCUCGUUAAUCGGGCGACGGCCCUUUCCAUGCGCUUCGAACACAAAGGAAACUUCAAGGACCUGGACCAGAGCAUUGCCUUGAACAAGGAAGUUCUCAAUCACCUUGCGCACGGGCAUCCCAGCCGCUGCGACUUGCUCACCAACUUGGCUGGCACCCUUUGCAAUCGCUUCGAGGAAAAGGGCGACUCUCAGGACCUGGAAGAAUGCAUCGCCCUCGGCGAGGAAGCACUGGCUCUCUUCCCUCCCGACGAUCCACUGCGCGCCUGCUCGCUCAACAACUUGGCACGGGCCCUUACCAGUCGCUUCCAUACCAAAGGCGACCUCAAGGAUCUGGAGGUGUGCAUUGCCCUGCACAACGAAGCGCUUUCCCUCCGUCCUCCCGGCCAUCCUAAUCGCAUUAGCUCGCUCCACAACCUGGCCAACGCCCUCUUUGCUCGCUUCAACGGGGCAGGGGACUUCCGAGACCUUGAACAGUGCAUUGCCUUGUACCGGGAAGCUCUCUCCCUUUUACCUCCAGGACAUCCGGGUCGCUCCACUUCUCUCAACAACCUGGCCUACGCCCUCGGCAUCCGCUACCAGAAGACACGCAACCUCUCAGACCUCCUACAGUGCAUUCUGCAUCAACGGGAACAAUUUGACAUCUCUUUCCCCCUCCCCGAAGGCCAACAGGGUUACAACCGUGCCUUGGGAAAUCACACUGAAGGCCUGAAAGCGGUCAUAGGCUUCGUACAGUCCCUCACUGAGUGGAACAAACUCCUGGGUGGUGACAUGGAAAUCAAGGAAGCAAUUUUCGAAGUUUUGGAAACUGGAGCUCAUAUCCCUGGAGCCUCGCCCAUAAUCCGAUUAGUCUAUGCCAGGCUUUGGGCGUUCAUUUGCCGUGUAUUCCAUCGUCCCCGCACCGCACUGGAGGCUUAUCAUCAUGCCAUAUCUUCACUCCCUGUCCUCGCCUCCCUCGACCUCACGCUCGAACAACGCCAGAACGUUCUUGUCCACUCGAAAGAUUUGUCGAAGGAUGCAGUGCAGUGUGCGAUCGAGAAAAACGAACUCGAUACAGCGCUCGUCUUUCUCUCUACCGCGCGGUCUGUGUUUUGGUCUCAAGCUCUACAAUUCCGUGGAUCCCUCGACCGCCUCUACGCUCUCCAUCCUGACCUUGCAUCGGAAUUUCUAUCAGUUACUCGCCAGCUGCAGAUUGCGACCGAGCAACAACCCCGACCGGAGUCCACACCGUCUGGAAGUACCCCGCCACUCCGCCCAUACCUUCUUUCUCAACAAAGGGAUGAAAUCAUCGCAAAGAUCCGGGCCAUGGAAGGUUUUCGAGAUUUCAUGCUCCCCCCUUCCCCUGAUGUCCUCAAGGCCGCAGCCCGCAAAGGACCUAUCGUCUUUUUGAAUGCGAGCGAAUAUGGCUGCCAUGCUCUCAUUCUCAAGGAGGAUGGUACUCUUCACCCGCUUGAGUUACUUGCAGACACGAAGCUGCUGGAGGGCUGGGUGGCCACGGUUCGUCGAGUUCCCGGAAGAUCCGUUCGGAGCGAUGGCGAAGACUAUUUUGAAGACUGUUCCGAAGAACUGGACCGUGCCUGUAGACCAGUCCGCACCAUCAGGGGUCGAACGACGGAUGACGAAUUUAGGGGUGUCCUGGGGGAACUUUGGGCGAACGUAGGGCAACCAGUCAUUUCUGCACUCGGCUUCGAGAAGACCAGCAACCCGCGCAGGAUCUGGUGGUGUCCAACUGGUCUUUUCACAUUCCUUCCCAUCCAUGCUGCCGGCAUCUAUCCUGUUUCUCCUUCCUCGAAUUCCGACUGUCUGUCCGACUAUGUCGUGUCCUCGUAUUGCUCAGCUCCUCAGGACCUCUUGGCACCGUCACCAGGCCCCACUCCCGACUUCAAGAUGCUGGUUGCUAUCGAACCAGACGGACGCCAAUUUGGAGCAGCAAACCUUCCAGCAACCAGGCAGGAAUUGGAGAAGAUCAAAUUACACGUCCCGCAAAAGGACAGUCUGAUUACCCGCAUCGGGUCGGAGGGAGGCUCUGGAAAGUCCAUCCUGGACGACAUCAACGCUGCAUCCAUCGUCCAUUUUGGGUGCCAUGGCAAGCAGAAUCCAUUGAACCCCCUUGAUAGCUCCCUCUUGCUCAGUGAAAGACGCUUAACGAUGUCGUCGCUCAUUCGGGAUUGUCAGACCUCGACGGCAGCGCUUGCCUACCUCAGUGCUUGCGAGACUGCCAUGGGUGAUGACCAACGACCGGAUGAGUCUCUCACUCUGGCAGCCACGAUGCAGUUUGCUGGUUUCCGCAGCGUGGUUGCGACAAUGUGGUCAAUUCACGACCACGAUGCGCCCAUCGUAGCGGACGCAUUCUAUCGCCAUCUCUUCCGGCACGGUACUACGGCCCCACCAGAUAUCACUGACGCGGCGUAUGCGCUGCACCUUGCGACGCAGGAGCUGCGGCAACUUGGAAGGUCAUUCCACCGUUGGGUUCCUUUCGUUCAUCAUGGAAUUUGA